UGUAGUAAUUAGAAUGCUGCUCAAAAUGUUUAUAUAUAUGCAAACAAACAGGUACUAAAAUUGUCCCAUAAAUAAGAGUCCUAGUAUCAUAGGACUCAUACAAACAAUCAAUCUCUUUAUAUCAUUCUCUGCAAUCACUUGCAUAAUCAAUUUAGUGAAACCAGGUGAAAAAUGAUGAAAAUGUACAUUUUAUGGCUCUUCUUUAUUCAAAUUUUGUUGCAUGUUUCAAUAUCAAACAGUGGAAAAGUUCCAGCUAUAAUUGUUUUUGGAGAUUCUUCUGUUGAUUCAGGUAACAAUAAUUUCAUUCCAACAUUAGCUAGGAGCAAUUUUCCACCUUAUGGUAAAGAUUUUCCAAAUGGUGAUGCUACUGGUAGAUUCUCAAAUGGUAGAAUUGCUACUGAUUUCAUCUCUGAGGCAUUUGGACUUAAGCCAAUUGUUCCUGCUUAUUUGGAUCCUACUUAUGAUAUAUCAGAUUUUGCUACUGGUGUUUGUUUUGCUUCUGCUGGUACUGGAUUUGAUAAUGCUACUGCAAAUGUUGCUGAUGUGAUACCUUUAUGGAAAGAAGUUGAAUUCUACAAGGACUACCAAAAGAAAUUGAAAGCAUCUUUUGGUGAUGAGAAGGCUAAAGAAAUAAUUAGGGAGUCUUUAUAUUUGGUUAGCAUAGGAACAAAUGAUUUUCUUGAGAACUAUUACACUCAGCUUGAAAGAAGGAUGGAAUAUAAAACUGUUCAAGAAUAUGAAGAUUUUUUAAUUGUUCUUGCUGAAAAUUUCCUUAGAGAAAUUUAUGACCUAGGAGCAAGGAAAAUUUCUCUGACAGGGUUACCUCCCAUGGGGUGUCUGCCACUUGAAAGGGCCAUAAAUAUUAUGGGUCUACAUAGUUGUGUGGAUUAUUACAAUGAUGUAGCUUUAGAGUUCAAUGCAAAAUUGGGAUGCUUAGUAUCAAAGUUGAAUAAGGACCUCCAUGGAUUUCAAUUGGUAGAUGCAAAUGCUUAUGAUUUGAUACUGCAAAUUGUUGCACAACCUUCUCAAUUUGGUUUUGAAGAUGCAAGAGUGGGGUGCUGUGGAACAGGUAGAUUUGAGAUGGGUUUCUUUUGUGAUCCAAAAAGCCCAUUUACAUGCAAAGAUGCAAAUAAAUAUGUAUUUUGGGAUGCUUUUCACCCCUCAGAAAGAACAAGUCAGCUAGUAGCAAGUUAUUUGAUACAAAAACAUAUUGGGAAGUUUCUAUGAUUCAAUAUAUACAGGAGCAACAGGUCCUUUCAAUUCUAUA